AGGCCAGCCUGGUCUACAGAAUGAGUUCCAGGACAACCAGGGCUACACAGAGAAACCCUGUUUCUGUAACACACAAAACAACUAAAGUCAGUGUUAGAGAGCUCAUAGAAUGGGGAACCUUCUUCUACCUGGCUCAUGUGUCCGGGCAAGCCUCCUUAAAGUGUAGGACUUAACGGUCCCUCCCCCGACUUGACGCUCCCAAGUCACAGCCACAACCCUCGCGAGCCAUUGGUGUUGGGUAUUUGCGCUCAGGCGCCAGGUACAAGCACCUGCCUGCGGUGUAGCCAGACUGUAAGGCUUAUUGGAGGUGGGGUGGGGAAGGCUAGGCAGGCAGAAGGCGGGGCCCUAAGUUCCUCUCAAAGCCCUAAGUGGACCCACAGCGAGAGGAGUGCAGUGGGCGGGGCUGUGAAGCCCGGGUUCUUUUUUUUUUUUUUUCCCUUCCCAACCGCCACCGAAGUUCUGAGUGGGUGGGGCCAGUGUCCAGAACUCAGGCUCCUGGGGCACAGGUCCUUACUGUGCGGCACGGCACGCACAGGUUGUGUGUGCUACCUGGUCUUGACCUCCUGCAGCUCGUGCGGACUCUAAAGGAUACAGCUCUCACGCUGGGAAGGAAUGAGUCUCCCUGACGUUUCGCAGCGAAGGAGUUCUGUGCGCCAUGAACCCUCCCUCGACUGGCCCCCGACACCCGACGCCCUGAGGCCUUCACCCUUCCCGCACCCCGCGCUACAAGCCCUCAACCGCCUAUGCCUCCUGCUGCUCUUCCCAGCCUACUGGUCUCUGGACCAGUUGCUGGGCUGCUGGGCACCAAUGGCCCGAUCCAGCAGCUUGGGGUGGCUCAAAGUCCUGGCAGGAGGUGGGGCGGCGUUCCUAUCGCUGAUGGUAGUUGGCCUACCCCUGGGGAUGCUUGGCCUUGUGCUCUGGCUGCCCCUCCAGGUCUGCCGCCGCCCCUUCUGCUAUCGGCCCCCUCCGGCCUGCUGGGUGUGGCCACAGCCCUGGCACCCGCCUGCGGAGCGCGUGCGCUGCUUUGUCUUUUUCACUGCCAAUCUGUGCCUGCUCCCUGAUGGGCUGGCACGCUUCAGCAACCUGUCGCACAGCCAGCGGCGUGCGGAGGCCAUUGGCGCCGUACUGCUAGGUAGCCUUCGAACCUCACAGUAUGGGGCUACCGGGUGCAGCCAGCCGCUGUCUGAGGUGCCUGGUGGUGUGCUGAGGGCCACAAUACCCACGGGUUUGGACUUCGUGUGCCUGCAGGAAGUGUUCGAUCUCCGCGCAGCUCAUCGUCUUGUGCGCGCCUUGGGGCCAAAUCUGGGCCCAGUGCUAUAUGAUGUGGGCACAUUUGGCUUACUGCCCGGGCCGUACUUCAAGGUACUGGGCAGUGGGCUUCUACUAGCCUCGCGCUACCCGCUGCUGCGUGCCACCUUCCGUUGCUUUCCUGAUGCUCGUCGCGAGGACGCCAUGGCCUCUAAAGGUCUACUCUCUGCCCAGGCACAACUGGGUAUCCUGGACGGGCGCCGAAUCGUGGGAUACCUUCAUUGCACACACUUGCAGGCACCCGCUGAAGACGGGCAUAUUCGCUGCAAACAGAUGACGCUGCUGCUGGAAUGGGUGGAGGAGUUUGAGGCUGAGAGCCGCCACAGUGGUGAGGCUGUAGCCUUCAGCGUCCUCCUGGGAGACCUAAACUUUGACAACAGCUCACGAGAUCACGCAAAGGAGCAGGGACACAAACUCUUCAGCUGCUUCCAGGACCCCUGCCGGCUAGGCACACGCCAGGAGCAGCCCUGGGCCUUGGGGACGAUCCUGAGCAAUUCCAUGCUACACCAGGCCACUGCCAGCUCCCCAGAGAUGCUUCGGAGGGCCCUGGAGGAGGAAAAAGGGCGCCGCCUCUACCUGGCAGGAUGUAGAAGUCACUCCAGUAAAUCCUGGCAGGGCCGGCGCCUGGACUACAUCACCUACCGUGGAAUACCGGGCAGUCGCCUGAGUCCAGAGGUGGAGCAGGUGACUUUCAGUACAGCGCUGGCUGGGCUCACGGACCACUUAGCUGUGGGCUUGAAGCUUCAAGUUGUGUGCUCCUGACUGAGGCUGGCGCACACAGUGAUGACCGGCGAGAAGGACCACCAGGAGGAGCCGAUCCCAAUAACCGUGCACCUCGGAGGAUCUUUAUUGUGAGGCUCUCACACGGCUUCCUGGGCACGGCGAUACUCAUAGACACUGCCGCGCUCUGGGAAGGCUGGGAAUAGUGGGGGCGAGCCUGGUGGUGGCGUUGGGUCCUCCGGGUCUCCGUAGCCCCCACCGCCAGGCGUGUGAAGGCAGAACACGUCCUGUGAAGAAGAAAGAGCAGGUUCAACACAGCUGUGGCCUUAUCCCAGUAAGACAAGCAACCACUCGGGAUCACAGAGGCCACUAGACAGCCACCCUAUUUUAAUUUGGAGCCAAAUUAAAAUUUUGCAUCUUUGUUCACGA